CAUACAAGUGUCCAAUGGCAGAGUAGCAGAGUAGCAGAGUAGCAGAGUGCAGACACGUCACACAUGGCAAGCUGACAAGUGACGCUUCCUUUUUCUCUUUGCUUUCUCCGCUACUCUCUCAGUCUCGUCAGCAAAGCCAUUGAAAUUAGGGUUCAUCCCAACUGAUUUUCCCAAUGCCACAAUAGCUAGGGAUUUCCCCUUUACGUAUUUGUUUGGGUGUAAUACCUAAGCUCAGCUCACUGCCUGCUUCUUAAUAUAUGGCCGCUCUUCAUUCUUCUACUCUCUGCUUCACCGGAGUCUCAGUCUCAGUCUCUUCCGGUCGGAGAAGUUUUGGCUGGUCUCAACUCUCCGGUCCGUCUGCUUUUCCGAGAUGCAGGCCCCCACCACCAACCCUCAGACUUCAAGGAAGAGCACAGCCAAGCGAUAAUGGGGCACUUGAAAAGAAGGAUGAAUCUGAACUUGUGGUGUGCUUUGGGGAGAUGUUGAUCGAUUUCGUUCCAACCACAAGUGGACUUUCUUUGGCUGAAGCACCUGCAUUUAAAAAGGCUCCAGGUGGUGCACCAGCUAAUGUUGCUGUUGGCAUAUCUCGCCUUGGUGGUUCAUCAGCUUUUAUAGGCAAGGUUGGUGAAGAUGAAUUCGGGUACAUGCUUGCUGAUAUUUUGAAGGAGAAUAAUGUGAACAGUGAAGGGAUGCGCUUUGAUCCUGGUGCUCGCACUGCCUUAGCAUUUGUAACUCUUAGAAAAGAUGGGGAGCGCGAGUUCAUGUUUUACCGUAAUCCUAGUGCUGAUAUGUUGCUGAAACCGAGUGAACUCGAUUUUGAAUUAAUUAAGAAGGCAAAGAUUUUCCAUUACGGUUCUAUAAGCUUGAUUACAGAACCAUGCAAAUCAGCCCAUGUUGCUGCAGCUAAAGCUGCAAAGGAUGCUGGUGUAAUUUUGUCUUAUGAUCCAAACCUGAGGCUUCCACUAUGGCCAUCAGCAGAAAGUGCUCGAGAAGGAAUCUUUAGCAUAUGGGAGACUGCUGAUAUAAUUAAGAUUAGCGAGGAGGAGAUUUCAUUUUUGACACAAGGAGAAGAUCCAUAUAAUGAUGAUGUUGUUCGCAAACUGUACCAUCCAAACCUCAAGUUGCUCCUCGUCACUGAAGGUCCAGCAGGUUGUCGAUAUUACACCAAGGAGUUUAGUGGAAGAGUCACGGGUUUGAUGGUGGAAGCUGUGGACACCACCGGUGCGGGAGAUGCUUUCGUAGCUGGAUUGUUGACACAAUUAUCAUCUGACGUGACACUGCUUCAGGACGAAGACCGCCUGAGAGAUGCGUUGAGAUUUGCGAAUGCUUGCGGUGCCUUGACGGUGACGGAGCGAGGGGCAAUUCCUGCUUUGCCCACCAGAGAAGCUGUGCUCAGUGCCGUGCUCAAAUCAGUGGCAUGAAUAUUCGCCCAGAACUCCAUAAUUGCGCGGAUCACAGAAAAUGGGAUUUAAGAUUUGCACCAGCUGUGUUUGCAAAGCCCAUACCCAUACACCCCCCAUGUGCUGUUGCAUACCUUCCACAUAAAAUAAUGGAUGAUGCAUCAUAUCCUUUCCAGUUUCCAGCAUGAUUGGUGCUAUUCAGUUUGAUGUUGUAACAUGUGUUCAGAUUUUUGUAAUAAUUUGAUGCUGCCUGCUUCUCAGGACCGGUUUCCUGGAUGUUGUAAAACCAUAAUGUAAGAACUUUCAUGUUUUUGAGAAAUUAAUGAUGUUUUAUGAGUUUUGCAU